GUCACAACAAUAUUCUUUUAGGGGGUCCAGUUUUCAUCCGUGCGCCCUUGGACUUGAACCAUGUACUUACUACACUGAUUUCUGGUCAUAGCUUUUGGUCUUCUGCUCUCUCCACUGAUAGCCUGCCGUGCGUCUUUACGCGUGGUUGUUCCUUUAAGAAAAUGAAUUUGAGCCGCUCCGCGCUGACGUAAGGGAAUUGGAGAGGUUGGUGUACCCUGCAGGAGAAGGCAGAUAUCCGUGAUGAGGUCCAGGCGGGGGUACCAGAUUUCUUUCGCAUUUUCUUUUCUCUCAGUCAUUUAGUGUGUUUUUACUAUCUUUACUCACAUCCAGAGAUCAGUGUGGAGUCUUUUUAAGUUCUCUGUGCCAAUGUAACGGUACGAUUUCAGACCUCCGCCCUUUUCUGUACUCCAAAGAGGUUUUUUAUAGAUUGCAUACCUCAUUUUGCACGUACAGUUUUUCAAAGUGGGUCGAGAUGUUCUGUCUGGAAGAACGAAAGUCCUCUGGACGUACGCGGAUGAACUAGGAUGACACCGGAUAUUUUCUGUGGCAGAGACUGAUGUGAUUUGAUCCGCAUCACUGUUGACUUUUACAGAAGAAAAGAAACCAUGCAUCAUAACCAGGAGGAGCAGUCUGUAAAUCCAAUUACUGCGCAGCACGGGACAGCGCACCACAGUGACUCCCACAGCCUGGGGAGCAGCUUGGGCAGUGGCCUCACUGACCUCCAGCCACCUGCUUACUCCAAACUGGAGUUCAGGAGACAUGCAGUGACAGAUGACUAUAAAAUCACAGCCCAGGUUCUCGGCCUGGGGAUCAAUGGCAAAGUGCUGGAAUGUUUUUGCAAGAAAACAGGAGAGAAGUGUGCCCUCAAGAUCCUGUAUGAUACUCCUAAAGCCAGACGGGAGGUUGAGCUGCACUGGCGAGUGUCCGGAGGUCCCCACAUCGUCCGAAUACUCAGCCUGUAUGAGAACAUGCACCAGGGGAAGAAGUGUCUCCUUGUCAUAAUGGAGUGUAUGGAGGGAGGGGAGCUGUUCAGUCGCAUUCAGGCCAGAGGGGACCAGGCCUUCACAGAGAGAGAGGCGUCGGAGAUCAUGCAUGACAUUGGCACGGCCAUAGAGUACCUCCACCACAUGGACAUUGCUCAUAGGGAUGUAAAGCCUGAAAACCUGCUCUAUACCACCAAGGAGAGUAAUGCUACACUAAAACUGACUGACUUUGGCUUUGCUAAGGAGACGACGCUGCACAACUCCCUCCAAACUCCCUGUUACACUCCAUAUUACGUUGCCCCAGAAGUGCUUGGGCCAGAGAAAUAUGACAAAUCAUGUGACAUGUGGUCUCUGGGCGUCAUCAUGUACAUUCUUCUGUGUGGGUUUCCUCCGUUCUACUCAAACACAGGUCAGGCCAUCUCUCCAGGCAUGAAGCAGAGGAUCAGGUUGGGCCAAUAUGAGUUCCCCAACCCCGAGUGGGCUGACGUUUCUGAGGAAGCCAAACAGCUCAUCAUCCAGUUACUGAAGACAGACCCCAAUGAGAGAAUGACCAUUGGACAGUUCGUGAACCAUCCCUGGAUUAGUCAAUCAAUGGUGGUCCCUCCAACACCCCUCCACACCUCUCGUGUUUUGACAGAGGACAAGGAGCUGUGGGACGAUGUGAAGGAGGAAAUGACCUGCGCCCUGGCCACCAUGCGUGUUGACUACGACCAAGUGAAGAUCAAAGACCUGGACAUGUCCAACAACCCUCUGCUCAAUAAGAGACGGAAGAGGCCCAUGCCUGAAGGAGCCGACACAGGAGGAGAUGGUGAUGGAAGAGAUGGAGGAGUGGUGUGUAAUAGUCACAGAGAAGUUACAUUUUCUGAAGAGCAUGGGAAAAUUAUUAUUUGACAAAAGUAGUAUAAAACUAUGAAAGCCAGAGUGAACAAUAUUUUCCCAUCUACAUGUCACUUAUUGUAUUUUACUCACUUUUUCUCCUUCUUUGUAUUACUGCACUCAAAGUUGAAUAUAUGUCAUUUAUUUUGAUUGUUACUACUCUAACAUUUAAAAUUAAAUUUUGUUUUUUAUGUUUUA